UUGACUGUUUGUACUGCAAAAAAAAGGAAAAAACGUAGCUCGGUGUUCGAUGUCAUGAUUCACGAUUCGUUCUAACCUCUCACAUUAUCUGUCAAGGUUCUCGUUAUUUGUACUUUGACCGGUUUAUUGGACAAGACAUAUAAUGUGUGGAUGAUUCGGAGAUAAUUGAUAAUACCGUAACGUGAUUUCCUAAUUCCCACGGAGUUUGACCCGGUCGAAAUACGCGAAAUAUAGUCAGAAAAAUGGGAAACAAAUCAAGUCUGCUUUUGCGAGAAGAGGAAAUCGCACAAAUACAAGAGGCAACUGGAUUUACUCCAAAUCAAAUUGAAAGGCUUUAUAGUCGUUUCACUAGUCUUGAUCGUGGAGAUUGUGGCACACUCAGUCGAGACGAUUUUCUAAGGAUUCCUGAACUUGCCAUUAAUCCUCUGGGUGAGAGGAUUGUCAAUGCAUUUUUUGACGCUAGCGGCAAUGACCGUGUCAACUUUUUACAGUUCAUGCAAGUUCUUGCCUUGUUCAGACCCAUCAAAAAACACAGUUCCAAUAGGUUAAAUUCCAGACAGGAAAAGUUACGAUUUGCCUUUAAAAUGUAUGAUUUGGACAACGAUGAUCUCAUUUCCAAAGAUGAGUUAUUGGCUAUACUACACAUGAUGGUUGGUGCAAAUAUAAGCGAAGAACAGUUGUCGAGUAUAGUGGAAAGAACGAUAGUCGAAGCAGAUGAGAACGGCGACGGGAUGAUAUCGUUCGAAGAAUUCUGUAAAGUUUUGGAAAGGACCGACGUGGAGCAGAAAAUGUCUAUAAGGUUUCUCAGCUAGAAAUUAAUUAGAGUGAAACUUUGUAGACGGUGCACAAAAUCUUGAUAGUAAAUUGAUAGGGGAGAUUUGAGUUUAUGAACUCUGGCGCUUGUAAACACACGAGAGUUGGUUGAACAUAAAGCUCUCGUGAGUUGUGUUAUUCUCUGUUCCUGCAUAUCUCCAUAUGUUUCAUUGGUAGAGGAUUUGCUACGAGAGUGAGAACGCACGACCCAGAAGUUUGCAUUAUCGGAUAGAACAAAAUUCCGAUUAUUUUAGUUUUUCAAACAUUGCCGAAAGAAUUUCGCGGAGAUGGAGACUAAAAAAAUCACUAAAACGUGAUUUUUUCUUAAGCAGUAUUUUCACUGGUUCACUUAGAUGUAACAGAUGAUGAAUUUUCGUCGCAAUCUGAUGAUGUAAACUUCAAUACCAUAUGAAAAUACGAUGCUAUUAUUGUGAAUAACUGGGCUUAAUUAUCGCUGUGAAUAAAAGCAACAUUUGGAUAUGACACAUAAGAUUGUCGCUCGAGGCAGUCAGCGCGCAAAUAAUUCUGGUCUAAUUUACCUGGAUAAUAAAAUAAAAUCCUGAAUACUCUAGAGUUCAAAGAUUUGCCGGUAUUCUCACUCUGAUAUAUUGUAUAUUGCGUGAUGAAUCGUAAUUGUGAAUAUAAUAAAUAUCGUUUCUAGAAAUGUAUAUUAUAUUGUAUACCAUAUAUCUACAUAUACGACAAAAAAAUAUUAAAAAUCCGCUAAUUAAUUGGUCA